AUGAGCCAAUAUUCGAGGUCCUCUGUUAGCAAGCGGCCGGACAGGACUCUGACUAUCCGAUGCGAGUACAACCGCAGGUUCAAGAAGAUCACAUUCACUUCGGCCCGGAAUUGCAGUUAUGAUGGCUUAAAGCAGAAGAUUCAACAGAGUUUCUCUCUAUUGCAGAGCUUUGAGAUCGAGUGGACCGACGAUGACAAAGAGAAACUUUACAUCUCUUCGGACGACACGCUGACCGAGGCAAUCUCGUUCCACGACGGCGGCGACGGUACCUCCUCUUCCAGGUCUUCGAUAUAUUCUGCGCGUUCUCGUCGCAUUUUGAUCGACGUACAAAUAUUGCUCCACGACGAUGGGCCUAGCUUGUCCGACUCCUCAUCCCUAUCAAGCCGCGAGGAGUAUGACGAGCGCAAUGGAAGCCAGUAUUCCUUCUCGCUCAAUGGUAGUGUUGAUGGACCGGUGGACGACGAUGCACGCACUGUCAGCUCGAGAGACACGGGCAGCGCUGCUCGUAGUCACAAGUCCGGUGGUAUGCUGCGCAAGCUAUUGGACCCCGCGUCCCGCUCGCAGGGCUCGAGCAGUCAGAACCGAACACAGCGACCUCAGCAACUGCGCAAGUCCGCAUCCCAGAUGUUCAGCCUGGCGUCCCGCUCGCGGAAAGAGGAGUCGCAGGACGACGACGCGGCUACGGAACUCGGGACCGAGCCUAUGGCCAGCAGCUCGGGACGAUCAACCUAUAGUCGCACGAACGAAGUUUCUGUGUACGCGCAGUUGAAGCGGCAAGAGGUCCAGCAGGGACCUUCUAUCGGCCCGUGGUUGCAAGAGCAGGAGAGCCGGGUGAUCAAGUCUAUGCCCAUACCCGUACCAUCCGAUGCAGACUCGUUCUCGCUAAACACGGACACGCCGUUCUCCGAUGGUGAAGGACCUUUUGCAGAUCAGAUCUCCGUCGGACGAAAUCAGCGAGGCGAGAAACGCUACACCUACCGCUCAAGCGCCUCGGACGGGUCGCGGGGAGAUGAGUUUGAGAUACACAUCCAGCAGGGCAAGCUAUAUAGGCAUCGCAGCCACAAUCAUCGGCCAUUUUCCCUGGACACUCGCUCGUCCGAAUCCGGGGAUCAAGUAUCGUCAGGCUACCCCAUGUCCUCACAACAGUCGUUCCGGCACUAUUCGACCUCAGACGCUCCGCCUCCACCAGCUUCGGAAGCGUUCACCAUCCCGUCUGAGCUCCUCAUACCUGACGAUGUUACGGACUGCUCCGAAUGCGGCGCGAUCCUGGACUCUAUGCGCUACAUCUGCACGACGUGCGGCGAGAAGCCUGCCGUACCGCGGGCAGAGCUAGAGAUGAUGCAUUACACCGUGAUGACCCAGUCACGCGACACUCUCGCUACCGAGUGUCCCCCCCAUGCCUACGAAUACCCACCCAUGCCUCACCGCAAUGGUGGCCCGUCUUCGUCCACGUCGUCGGAUACUCUACGCACACUCAUGCCCGGUCAAGGGCGUCUGGCUCCCCCUGAUGGCCACCGUCAUCCUCGCAGUAAAUCGGAUGCGUCUUCGUACAUGUCCACCACAUCGACCUUGCACCCCGGAUACGAGCUCUGUCCAACGUGUGUUCAGACGAAGGGCGUCAAUCAUUCCCUUCUCGGCGAUGGAAACGGCAGCUCUCCCGUCUCUCCCAGGGGUCUACUCCCCGCGCAGGACCUCGCCGUAGCGCGCCGCAGUGCACCGAGCCAGAAGGGCCAGCUGCGGCACGCGUUUGCCGAGAAGAUCUGGGGCACAGACGGUUGGCAAGACCUUGAACAGGAGUUCAACGGUCGGGAGGUCUGUUCCGGCUGUCAGGCGCAUAUGCACAAGGGCAAGGGGCGAUACAAGUGUGUCGCCUGCGACGACUUUGCGUUGUGCACGGCAUGCUACAGCGACGUCCACAACAUCCACCCCCGACACGCGUUUAUCGAUAUGCCAGACGACCCUACGUACGCUAGAAGUACGGCAGAUACGUCGACAUACUACGCAGACGCGACUGCGGACGAACCCUCGUUGAAGCAUCCUAAUGUCGUCUGUUACAACUGCAAACAGGAUAUUGUCGGAGCCCGGUUCCACUGCGUGAACUGCGUUUCAUCCGUGGACAUAUGUUCCAAUUGCGAGGUUGCGGGUUUGCACGGGGAUGACGGCGGUGACGGUCACAGUUCUUCGCAUGUCUUGCUCAAGUUCCCAGCGCCUCUUGCCCCAAGCGAGGAGCAAGCGGUCAUUGGGGCGAUCGCUUCACACGAGCACGGCGGUAUCAAUGGCGCCAGUCCUGGGAGUGUGACCGAGAGUUUGGCAAAGACAGUGCUUAGGGAAAAGGCUGCGCAGUUCGACCCCGAGAACCAUCUCAUUUCGUGCAACAGCUGUCGGAAGGAAAUUCGUGGCGUCCGCUACCAAUGCUUGUCAUGUCCCUCCAAACCCAACUCGUAUAAUCUCUGUUCCGACUGCGAGCCUUGGUCUUGGAACGUGCACGACGCCAUGCACAUCUUCAUCGCGCUCCCACGUCCUGUCGAUAACGCGCAGCCACUGCAGUCUGCUACCCCGCUGCUCCCUCGUGACCUCUACGCGUAUCCCGCUGGACCUGCUACGAAAGCUCACAGUACUGUUGAUCCAGACGAUUAUCUGCGCGACUUAACGCACCAGUUUGCGCUUUGCGACCGACACAUGACGAAGAUCAAUGGUCGCUGGUUCCGGUGUGCUUACUGCGAAGAGUCGACUGACCUCUGCGGCGUUUGCCACGGCUACGAUACUCAUGACCCGACGCACGCCUUCAUUGUACUCAAGGCCCCCAUCAACAUGAAGUCGUUCAGGGUAUUCGCCAACCUGGAUAACCAGGACAACAGGAGCCCAGCGGUGCUCAAAGGUCCCAUCUAUUAUUCUUGA